GCACUCUCCCAGAAUUCAGCGCGCCGGGGGUUAAGUGAGGGCGGUGGGGAGCCAGUGCCCGGGUUGGUGGUGGUCUGUGAGUGCCUUCGAGAAUAUUCUGAAGAGUCGGCGAGUCGUGAUGCCGAAGUAUUUUGAGGACAAGGAGGAGGACGGUUCACCGUGUUCGGGGGUGAAGGAAGACCUGAGGUCCUGUUUACUGGGACUCGACUGUGUGCUCAAGGAAGGAAAGACACCAAAGCAGUGCUUGAAAGAAGGACAUUGCAAGGCUUUACAGCUUACUUUCUUUGAAUGUAAGAGGUCAAUGCUGGAUAACAGAACUCGUUUCAGAGGAAGAAAAGGAUAUUAGCAAUCCAACUAUAAUGGAGCAAUUAUACAGAACUUGCAUAUGCGGCAGAAAUAAAAUAAUGGCAAUACAUACACCUUAGAAAAUUAGUGUUGUAUCAAAUGUUUAUUAAGUGAUAAAUGAAGUGUUUUUUUAAUUUAAUUUUACUCAUGUGCAAUGUCUUGUUUGAUCCUUUAACCUUAUGAAAUCAUUUUGCAAUUAAAGAGAUUCUGUGGGCACCAGGUGAAGGUAAAAUUUCCAGAUAUUUUCACAUCAAUUUUGAGAAAUUAAUUUUAUUUAAGGGUACUAUUUACAAUACAAGAAUUUGUGUUGUUACAGAACUUAACAAUUGCGGAAGUGUCUUUCAUUGUGUACAAGACACUAAUGAAGUUCACAUUGAUGGUAUAAUUCAAUAAAAUAAUAGGCAUGUUAUGAAAAUAAGUAAAUGUAUCUCAAGUUUUGUAAAAAUAUUGUUUUGCAAUCAACUUUUGUAUUCAUCACAGUCAAAACAGAAACAAGUCAAUAUUUUUUUUGUACUUGGUAAACUGUAAUACACACAAAAUGCUGAAGAAACUCAACAGGUCAGGUGGAAUCUAUGGAAAGGAAUAAAGAGUCGAUAUUUCAAGACCUUUCUUUAGGACUGAACUGUAACUCUUCCUGCUGAGCAUUUGACCAGACUUAUUUUAUGAAAGAAGGAUUGUUUAACGUCCUUUCUAGUUUUUUUAAUUCUUCAUAGCCUGGUAAUUUCUUCAGAACAUUUCUAGUUGCAAGUUCAGCAGCCAGUUAACACACUUGAAUCUCAACAAGACAAUGCAUGAGCAAAAUUAUUGAUCACUUGAAUUGUCUUAAGAUCAGUUUUGUUAAUGUGAACUAUGAGGUCCUUGGUUUAAAUAUUGAUCUUCUGUAGUAAUAGCCUACAGCAAAGUAUUGGUAAUGCUGGAAAUCUGAAUGCAAACAAAAUGAUAGCAGUACUCAGCAGGCCAGGUAGCAUUCACUGAUGCAGAAUGCUAUUAUUUUAGGUAAAUGGCUUUUCAUCAGUUAAAAAUGACAAAUUAAUUUGAAAUUGUUGAUGUCAUUGUUUAAUCUGAUUGCUGUUAUGCACAGUGUCAGAAGAUUAGAUGCUGAACUUUUGAUUUGCUCAGAGUUUCAUUCAAGGGAUGUAAGGAGAGUAUGAGUGGGGUGGAGAAUUAAAAUGCAAGGCCAUUGGAAGCUUGAGGUCCUCCCCAACAUAACAGGUCACACAGGACAACCAAACACAAAAUUGGAAGAAGUAAAAGUUUUUUUUCUGCUCCACCACUCUGGCCAUUUUAUUAGGUAUACAUGUAUCAGCCAAUCAUGUGGCAGCAACUCAAUACAUAAAAAUAUCCAAACAUGAUUAAGAGCUUCAGUUGUUCAGACCAAACAUCAGAAUGGGAAGGAUGUGAUUAAAGUGAUGUUGACCAUGGAACUAUUAUUGGUUCCAGAUAGGAUGGCUUAAAUAUCUUAGAAGCUGCUGAUCUGAGAUUUUCAUGCACAACAGUCUCUAGAGUUUGCAUUGAAUGGUACAAAAAAAUGAACAUAUAGUGAGCAGUGGUUCUGAGAGCAAAAAUGCCUUGUUAAUGAGUGAGGUCAGAGGAGAAUGGUCAGAUUGAUUCAAGCUGACAAAGAAGGCCACAGUAAUUCAUCCACAGAUUACAACUGUAGUGUGCAGAAGAGCAUCUCUGAAUGUACAACAUGUUGAACAUUAACACGUACAAUACGCUGGAGGAACUCAGCAUGGUCGGGCAGCAUCCAUGGAAACGAACAGUCUGAGUUCCUCCAGUGUGUUGUACGUGUUGCUUUGACCACAGUAUCUGCAGUGUACUUUAUGUUGAACAUUGAAGUGGAUGAGUUACAGCAGCAGAAGACCACACCAGGUUCCACUCCUCUAUCUAAUAAAGUGGCCACUGAGUGUACAAUAAGUCUUUUGAUUUGUUGCUUACUUACAUGAAUGAAAUGUUUAGGGUUGCAGAGGUCAGAAGUGAGAGGGUAAAUGGCAGGGUAACACUCUUCAAAGCAUUGGAAGAAGUGCGAGAUCCCUACUGACUCCUGGAAAUCUCUGGUCAAUGACUUCCCAAAGUGGCGAAGGAACAUUCUGGGGUGGUAUUAAGGAUUUCAAGACCACAUGUGGGAGCACAGAGAACCCCGGUGUGAACAGCAGAAGAAGACAACUUUGUCAUAAAUUUGCCACACUGGAUCCAUUGUGAAUGAAUGUGCUAUUUUCACAAGGCCUGAUUAGUCACCUCAAAAACUUGAAAGUGGAGUGGAACUCCUUGUUCCUGAGGGAGUGUUUAAGCUGAAAAUAUUCUGUGGAAAUACCUUGUUGCCUCCGCUACAAUAUUACAUACCAAAUAAAUCAGCAACGUAUACAAUUUUAAGGCACCCUUUAUAAAUUAAUAUAAAAUUGUAAAUAUUGCUGAUCCACUUAAUUAUGCAAAUAAUAAUUGCAUACUUCGUCUUUUCUUUUAUGGUGUGCUUUGUCUUUCUCAGAGUGGAGUUUGACCUUAAUGAUCAAAAUUAAACAAGCAAAUUCAUUUGUAUAGCUCUUUUCAAACAAGGCAAUUCAAAAUGCUUUACAUAGAACAAGAUAUAAAAAUUUUAAAAAAAGUUUCAGACAAUUUUUAAGAUAAAAUCACAAAAAUAAAUAUGACAAAUUUAAGUUACAAUGCAGAAGAUUUAAUUAAAAGCUGAAGCGAAAAGAAAAGUUUUAAGCCUCAAUUUAAAAGAGCUUGAAGAUGGGAUAAAUUUCAGAUCCUCUGGAAGGUUGUUUCAGAUAUGUGGAGCAUAGUAACUAAAAUCUUAAUUUAGUUUUGUUUUCACCAUGUUUAGUUUUGACCUCGGGGUCAGUAAGCAGACCCACCCCAGACAACCUGAGAGCUCAGGAAAGUUCAUAACGCAGCAAGAGAUCGGAGAUCUGUCCUAGACCAUUCAGUAGUUUAUAAACCAGUAGUAAUAUUUUAAAGUCAAUCCUCUGAUGGACAGGAAGCCAGUGUAGUAAUCUAAGAACUGGAGUGAUAUGUUCUACUUUCUGGGUAUUAGUGAGGACUCUAGCAGCAGUGGUCUUAAUGAUCUUUUACAGAGACCCGUGAAAGCACCAUUAUAAUAGUCAAACCUACUAAAAAUAGAUGCAUGGACAAGUUUUUCUAGAUCUUGCUGAAACCUAAACCCUUUAACUCUCGCUAUAUUUUUAAGAUAAAUUAAGUAUACUUGCUUUGAUAUUCAUUGGCAACUUCAGCCACAUGAGGGCAGUCAAUGAGUAAGUGUGUUCUUUAUUUGUAACAUCAGCCUUCCAACCCACUCUCCGUAGGUGUCUGAUAUCCUUUGUUUUCUAAAAGGUUGGCAUUACAACUCCCUCUGCUAAUAUCAAUGUAAUUAGAAUGACGCAGUACAGAAGAAGGUGCUUGAAAGCAACAGUAAGUACCUGGAAUAGACACUUCAGGGAAUUGAAGUGUCAUCACCUUACUGAGUCACUUAGUCACCACCUUACUGAGUCACUUUGCAAUUGCCUGGAUGAGAAUAUCUAAACCACAGCAAUCUGUAUCAGUACAAAAGCAAGAACUAAGCAAUCAUACCAAUCAGAGUUCAAAAGGGGAAAAUAAAUUUCCAGGAGGCAUGUUACUUCUAUAAUGCAGCAUAAAACUGGAUAAAUUCCCUUAUAAGGCACAUAUUACUGAACAAAAGGAAAACAUUGCUGAUGGAGAAACAAGGAUUAAUUCUGAGUCUUUGAUCGGUAAAGCCAAGAAUGUUUACCAGUCAAGUCUGCCAGCAGAUCCUUUUAGGCUGGUAAUGGUGCAGCACAAGUCAAGUGGUAUUCUGUUGAAACAAAAGGUUGAGGCGUAUAAUUCAAGGCCAAUCUCAUACGUUAGAUUAACGUAAAUGUAAGUUAUUUAUUUAAUUUAACAACUGCUGCAAGUGGGAGGGGAAGGUUGAUGUUUUUGUGGAUGCUUGUGCAUGGGAGGGGGCUCUAGGAUUCUGAUGUUUCUGUUCUUUGGGGUUUUUUCUGUUUUAUGGAUAUCUGUGAAGAGUAAGAAUUUCAGCUUGUAUACUGUAUGCAUUCUCUGAUAUUAAAUUGAACCAUUGAACUUUUGCUUGAUCCUCAUUCGAAUAUAAUAUUAAAGAAUGGCCAUUUUAAUGUCCACUGCACCUUUA